AUGUUAAAAAAAGAAAUGAUAAAAGAAGGAACUGGAAAAGAGUUAUUAAAAAUCAGUAGUAAUGAAAAUGAUUUUACAAGUGUUGAAGUUGAACAAAAAAAUUGGAAAGGGAUAAGUAUAGCUUUAGCUGUUAUUUUUAUAAUGUGUCUUAUAAUCAUAUUAUGUGUUUUACUUCUUACACCACUAUCAAAAUCAUCAAAAGAACUUCGUACACCAGUUGGAAUAUCAGAUAUUUUAGAAUAUAGUUUAGUUCCAUUAGUAGAUGGUUUAGAAUGGUUAGAAAAUAAUCAUUUAUUAGUUAAAACUUAUGAUAACAAUAUAACAAGUAUUGAUAUGAAUAAUAUACCAUUUAUAUCAAAAACAUUUAUAAAAGAUGAAAUUAAAAAUAGAUAUAAUUAUUUAGAAAAAAUUUAUCCAGGAAAGGAUGAUCAAUUGUUUGUCGUUGCAAAGAAUGUUUUUAAUCAAAGAAUUAUGAAAAUUAUUGAUCCUAUUGUUGGAGAUUAUAUUAAUUUAGAUGAUGAUUUAGAUGAAGUUAUAGGAAAAGUAUCAUUUGUAUGGGGACCAAAAAAAAAUCAAUUUGCUGUUGUAAUUGGUAGUAAUAUUUAUGUUAAAAUACCAGAAAAAUCUAAUACAUUUAAAAUUACAAAUAUUUCUGAGGAAGAAAGUCAAUAUAUUUAUAAUGGAAUCACUGAUUGGAUGUAUUUUGAGGAAAUUUUUCAAAAAAAUGAAGCUAUGUGGUGGUCAAAAAGUGGAAAAUAUUUAGCAUAUUUAACAUUAAAUGAUACAAAUGUAUAUCGUCAAAAUAUUCCAGUAUUUCAAAAAAAAACUCAUCCAUUAAUGGAUAAAGUUUUUUAUCCAAAAGUUUCUGAUAAAUAUUUACCUAUUCCAACAUUAAAUAUAUGGUCAUUAGAUGAUGGUAUAUCACAAAAAAUGAGAAUUGUUUUAAAAAAUAAUGACCUUAGUACAUACUUAUAUUCAGCAUCAUGGCAUACAUUUCAUGGUAAUGAAUACCUUUUAGCUGUAUGGGCAAAUCGUAUUCAAAAUAUUGUUACAGUAACUUUAUGUUCUUAUAAUGAAAAAACUUGUAUACUAAAUUUUCAACAAAAAUAUAUAAUUGAUAAGAGAAGAUUAAAUGCAGAAACAAAUGAGUGGCAGAUUCGUUACUCAACAAAUGAUGCUUAUUUUGUUAUAUUACCGCAAAAAAAUAAAAAUGGAAACAUUUAUUCACAGGUUGCUAAAGUAACAGUUAAUCCAAAAUUAACAAAUAGUCAUGAAGUUUUCCUUCAUCAGGGAUCAUAUGAUGUUUCAGAGAUUUUAUAUGUUGAUAAGAAAAAAAAUAUUUUAUAUUUUGUUGCAGCAGCUCCAGAUCCAAAACAACAACAUAUUUAUUCUAUUUCAAUAUUAACAAAUUCAUCAUCAGUUAAAAAUAUAGCACAAUGUAUAACAUGCAAUAUUUUUCCAGAUUGUACAUAUCAAGAAGGAAAUAUUUCACCUAAUGGUAAAAAUAUAUAUAUUCAUUGUCGUGGUCUAGGAAUACCAAGAACUUUUAUUGCAAAAAUUGAUAAAAUAAAAAAUUAUAGUACAACAAUUCAAGAUAUAAAUAUAAUGAAAAAUAUUUAUAGUUCUAAAAAACUUCCUAAAAUUGUUUAUGAUGAGAUAACAUUACCACAUGGAAAUAAGGCAUUUAUUGAGAUAUUAGUACCAGAAGGAUAUUCAUUAGAUUCAAAAGUUGAUCGAUUACCAGUUAUUGUUGAUGUAUAUGGAGGUCCUGGUGUUCAAAAAGUAACAGAAAAUAUGUUAAAUUUAUUAUCAAUGAGUAUGGUAUUUGCAUCAACAAGAAAGUAUGUUGUAAUUUUUAUUGAUGGCCGUGGAACCAUGAAUAGAGGAUGGAAUAUGAAAGAACCAAGAUAUGGAAAUUUUGGUACAGUUGAAGUUGAAGAUACAAUUGAUGCCACAAAAUUAUUAUUACAAAAAUAUUCUCUACUUGACUCAACAAAAGUUGGAAUAUGGGGAUGGAGUUAUGGUGGAUUUUUAACAGCAAAAGUUAUCCAAAAAGAUAAUGAUAACAUAUUUAAAUGUGGUUGUUCUAUUGCUCCUGUUACAAAUUUUUUUUAUUAUGAUGCUGCAUAUACAGAACGUUAUAUGGGACUAGAAAAUAAUAAAGGAUAUGCUGAAACAGAUUUGACACAAGGUUCUUUAACUAAUUUUAAAAAUAAAAAAUAUUUAAUUAUUCAUGGGUCGGCGGAUGACAAUGUACAUCUACAAAAUACUAUGAAUUUUGUAAUUAAUUUAGUUUCACAAAAUAUUGAUUUUGACAUGAUGAUAUAUCCAGAUGAUCAACAUGGUAUUAUGAAUGGAAAGAAGCAUUUAUAUAAUAAAUUAGACAACUUUUUUAACAAAUGUUUUUAUAAAAAUAAUAAUACUUAA